AUGGUUGCUGUGGACUAUCGGGUAACGUCUCUACUUACGGAGCAUCUUGGGUAUCCUCCUUUGGCUUUGGUUGAUGAUGUGAUAAAUGCAGUUAAUGUUAUCAUGUAUAGUUGUACCACCGAAAUCGAGAGGUAUCUCAUGGAAAGGCAACAGAAGCAGUAUGAAGACACUACAAAAUCCCCAACGGGCGAUCGGGAUGUUUUGACUGAAUAUGCUAAUGAAAAAUAUCCCACAGAGGAGAUUCAAGUUGGAACAGGAAAGUUAGAGACUUUACUCGAGAGCCAGAUUGACACAAACUUCGAUAAGUUUGAACUAUACACAUUAAGAAACAUAUUUAUGAUUCCUCAACAAUUAGUUGAUGACGGCUGGAUACGAUUGAAACACCAAGAAGGUAUAGAUUUCAACAAAAGUAGCACAGAACUUAAAAGUGACUUAGACAAUAAACUAAAAGACCUUGUUAGAGAUAUAAAGUUUGAACUUCACUUGAGAAAGAUAUUAAAACUUCAAAUUUUGAAAGCCCAGAAAGUGAUCAGAGCUUUGAACGUGUUAAAAAAGAAUAUUAAAUUCCUUGAAUUAAAAGAUGAAGGCUCUGCUCUAUCGCAGGAAGCAAAGACGGCAUUCAAAUCCUUAUCUCCUAUAGAUGAAUCCUUAUACUUCCUCUUUAAUCAAGUAACUGAAUUGGUACUACAAAUGCAAGAAAUUAUGAAGAAGGUGUCUAGUAAUGUCAAGAAUGGAGGGAUAAGAGAUAUGAAAUUUGUCCCAAGUUUAAGAGACAAAUACACUGAUGGUGUUUCACUAAAAAUUUUGGAGAAUAUUGGUGUGCUAGCGAAGAAUCCACAUCACCUGUCUGAAGCUUUGAAAACUGUCGAGGCUACUACGCUUUCGGACCUCGAAUCAGUUAAGAAUAUAAACCAAGGUCUAGAGCAUGACCCCAGCUCUCUGCCCCAGCGAUCAAGGCAAGACGCGGAAGAUGAGAUUCAGAUAGAUAUGAUUCACUCAUCUAUAGAGGAAUGA